AUGGCUUCGCACCGCCGCUCAUCGUGGCUUUUUCGCCGUGGUGAUGGUGGUGGUGUGGAGGAGGGGGUGGCUGCUGUCAACUCUCACCGUUUCCACGCGACGACCGGGCGCGCACUUUUGGCAAUGGAUGGAGAACGAACAGACGAAUCCGAGGAUCACGAAUCGAUUCGUCCCCUCCCGCUUCCUUUCGUACUAGCCUGGCGCGAGCGAGCGGUGUGGACAGUGAUCGUCAUGAUUGCUUGGGGGGCCUUCCUCAUCUCACAAGCGGCGAGAUCCUGUAACCAAAGCCUUGGAAACCAACAAGACAACCCCCCCAGUCCUGAGCCGCCUCAUCGUCCCAAUGCGGUCGACUUCAUCUCGUUCCAGCCUGCUGGGCCCUCUCUUCCUCCUCCUCAUCCUCCUCCUCCUCCUCCGCUCAGGUACCAGGUUUCCGCCGUCACCGCCUAG